AAAAACUUUCUCAAAAAAUUGGUUCAUAACUACGAGAAACAGACCGUAAAGAGUGAGAGCUUUGAGGCGACAAAAGUUGCCGUCAAAUGGAGUGUCGAUUCUUACGGAACGGUCACUCAUAACGGGAACUAUACGAACGGCUCUAAUCAUAGCAUUUCGUUCGCCAUAAGUAAUGAAAAGUUGUGCCAAAAUAUUUUGCCCGCAAAUGGUGUCCGAGUUAUCAUUUUUGUUGAGUCCAUGGCUAUGAAUGUGGAGCGAAGAGACACCGUUAGAGAGACGUGGGCUCAUCAAACACUUCAACACUCCCUGGGCUUUAGGGUUGUAUUCGUGUUGGGCUUACACUCCAAGGCUCAGAGGGCUUAUAUACAGAUCUCUUUCGCACAAAUGCCCGGAUAUUAUUUCCCACCCUAUUGUUCAGGAUUUGGUUAUGGAUUCAGAGCAUCGGUGGCCGAACGCCUCUAUUCAAUAGCCCUUACUAUACCUUACUUUCACUUCGAAGACGUAUUCAUUACAGGAUUUUGUCGACAAAAAGCCAAUAUCUCUGUGGAAGACACUAAACACCUGACACUUCGACCGGUGUUGAGACCAUCAGAUGGACUCUGCGCUGCAUUCAGUGAUCAACGGAUUAAUGGCAACGAAAUGUCAUCGAAAGAGAUCAGACAACUCUGGAGUAAACCUCCGAAUAGUACUCAACGACUAUUGUGUCCGAAGAUUAUAAAGAAUGGAUGA